AUGCUCCUAGGGCAGGAUUGGAUGUGCUCGGCCAACGCGGAUAUCCUAACCAGUAAGGGGAAGAUCGUGUAUUCGGUCAACACCAAGGAAACCGACUCCGUGCCCAUCACCACAGGGCCAUUGGGAGUUGGUGGCCACCCCUCUUUUAUGCUCCUCCCCUCCCACACAUCCUACAAAAUGCUUGAUGAGGAGGACGAGGAGCACAUCAAGGCGGGGAGAGGAGGAGAAAGAGGAGGCUCGAGUGCGGAGGGAUCUGAGGAGGAAGGAGUGGAGAAAGGGGAGCUUGAGGUGGUAAGAGGAGGGGCAUAA